AUGCUUCCUAGUAUCACUCAAGAUUCGCCUCUUGCGACUGCCAUUGCCGGCGCCAUCCAACCGAAGCUGGUGGAAAUGGGCUGGAGCACUGAUGAUGGUCAAGAGGGAGCGCUUAUUGAAUACAUUGUGCUCAUGCUAGUGAAUGGCAAGACCCAAGAGCAACUUGCGACUGAGCUCUCGAACGAUUUCCUCGGAUUAGAAGAGGGUGACACACAGGCACUUGAAUUUUCGAAUUGGCUGUUCGGACAGGUUGAAGUCCUCAACCAACAGAUUAAUGGUGCGCCAAGUGAUUCUACAACACAACAAGUCCCUUCAUUUGUCCAAGAUGAGAUGAACGGAAACGGUAUGGAUGCGGAAAUGGGCGACGCAGGAGAUUCGAUACCUACGGGACCAAAGGCGAUGCGUACUCCGAACAAGGGAGGGAGAGGCAGAAUGCUAAACCAGAUCAACCAAAAUAUGGGUCGUCAACAUGGCGACGGCGCUCUUCACCGAGUUCGCGGAAAUCAAGGAAAUGGGCGCAUUGGCGGUCAUGGUCGUGAUCAAAUGAGGGGUGGUAGACGAGGAGGCCGGAAUAUGAAUGGAAUGGGGAUGCAAGGCCAUAUGCCAGGUGGUGGACCCAUGCAGAUGAGUCCGGAAAAUCAGAUGCAAAUCAUGACUAUGUUGGAAGAGCAGGCUAGAAUGAUGUCUCAAUUGAUGCCUGGUUUUGUUCCCCCUGCGGUCAACCCAGCCUUCCAAAAUGGAAACCAGCAAGGCCAAGGCCAAGGCCGUUCGCUGUUCGACCGUGUUGAGCGCCAAGGCCAGCGAGGUGGUGGUCGUUUCAAUAAGCGCGGCCAAAACCAACGGCAACAGGGCGCAGCAGAUGGUGACAUGGACACCGAGAUGGGUGGCGAGCAGAAUGAAAACAACCCCGACAAUGUCUGUCGCUUCAACCUUCGCUGUACCCGAAAAGACUGUCCAUUCGCCCAUCAAUCUCCUGCCGCCCCAGAGGGUACAUCCGUGGAUCCUUCCGAUCUUUGCUCAUUUGGAGCUGCUUGCAAAAAUCGAAAGUGCACAGGACGCCAUCCAUCACCAGCUGUCAAGUCUGCGCACCAAUCCGAAGAGAUGUGCAGAUUCUUCCCACAUUGCGCCAACCCACAUUGCCAUUUCAAGCAUCCCGACAUGCCGCUUUGCCGCAAUGGUGCCGAUUGCAAGGCCGAAGGAUGCAAAUUUACACAUAUGCAAACUGCUUGCAAGUUUAAUCCUUGUAUGAACCCAACAUGCUCAUACAAGCACGCUGAGGGCCAGCGCGGCUCUCUUCCCGACAAAGUUUGGACUCCGAACCACAUCAGCGAGCGCAAAUUCGUGGGAAAUGAGGAGGAAGAGGAGCUUAUUAAACCCGAGGCCGCUGGAGACGGAACUCAAAACCAGGAGUUGGCUGCCUGA